ACUUUCUGUGCCUGCACUGAAUACUAGAUACUUCGGCCAAGUGUCUCUCGGGGCUUUGUUACGGGUUCAAAAGUCCUCGGCCAAUACAAGUUGGUCACUUUUGGUUGAGCUGGUGAAGUCUGUAUGUGAAGAUUUGCUGGGUAGGUGAUGUGGAACAUAUCCUGAAGAAACUCUUCAAUCUGCACUGAGUCCCAGAUGAUUACUGCUAAUGCAGUCCUGCAGUGGUGUUCUGUUAACUCUGCAACCUGCCUCAGUAGUAUCUCUUCAGUUAAGAUUGUGUUCUAAAAUGUCAGAGUCUUCAGAGAGAGACGCCCCUCUGCUACAGCUCCAGGAGGUUAAUUCCAGCCGAGCAGGAGGCUGCGAUCUCUCAUCCAGAAUGAAUUCAUCCUCCCCACCCGUGACAAUGGAGAGCCACCCCAUCUGCAUUCCUUCACCCUAUGUGGACAUUGGGCACGAUUUCACCACCCUGCCUUUCUACAGCCCCACUCUGCUCAGCUACAGUGGGCCCCCACUUCCUGAUUGCCCCUCAGUCAGCCCCACGCUCUUCUGGCCCUCCCAGAGCCACACGGCACCUCUGGCUCUGCAUCGCCCACAAUCCCACUGCCAGCAAAACCAGCCAAGCAAUGGCACCUGGCAGGAGCUCACGUCACGCAAUUACACAGCCAAUGACAACAGCAAACCCACGGGGAAACGGCCGGUGGAGUGUGAUGAGAACUUCAGUUCCUCGGGGAGCAAAACAGACAUGCACUUCUGCGCUGUGUGCAGUGACUAUGCCUCUGGCUAUCAUUAUGGUGUCUGGUCCUGUGAAGGAUGCAAAGCCUUCUUUAAAAGGAGUAUCCAAGGACAUAACGACUACAUCUGUCCUGCAACCAACCAGUGCACCAUUGAUAAGAACCGCCGGAAAAGCUGCCAGGCCUGUCGGCUACGCAAGUGUUAUGAAGUGGGGAUGAUGAAAUGUGGUAUGCGCCGGGACCGUGGCAGCUACAGUCGUGGAGGCUCACAGCAGAGGAGAGUGGCACGCUCUCCGGCCAGAGCAGUAGCAAGCAGUCAGAGACAGCCAGAACAGAAAGCAGCACCUACCAGGGUAAAGGAGGUUUUUACUGCCACACUGAGCCCAGAGGAGCUGAUAGCUCGCAUCAUGGAAGCAGAGCCACCAGAAAUCUAUCUUAUGAAUGACAUGAAAAAGCCCUUUACUGAGGCCAACGUGAUGAUGUCACUCACCAACUUGGCUGACAAAGAGCUUGUCCACAUGAUCAGCUGGGCCAAGAAGAUCCCAGGAUUUGUGGAACUCAGCCUCUUUGACCAGGUGCACCUGUUGGAGUGUUGCUGGUUGGAGGUCCUGAUGUUGGGGCUGAUGUGGAGAUCUGUUAAUCAUCCUGGAAAGCUCAUCUUCUCCCCAGAUCUUAUCCUCAGCAGGGAUGAGGGCAGCUGCGUGCAAGGCUUUGUGGAAAUCUUUGACAUGUUGCUGGCGGCGACGUCCCGGUUCAGAGAGCUGAAGUUACAGAGAGAGGAGUAUGUCUGUCUCAAGGCCAUGAUCCUCCUCAACUCUAACAUGUGUCUGAAUUCAGCUGAGGCAGAUGAUGAACCUCAGAGCAGGACCAAACUGAUACAGUUGCUGGACUCUGUGACAGAUGCCCUGGUCUGGUCCAUCUCGAAGAUGGGCUUGAGCUUUCAGCAGCGCUCCACGCGCCUGGCCCACCUGCUCAUGCUACUCUCACACAUACGUCAUCUCAGUAACAAAGGUAUGGACCACUUGCACUGCAUGAAGAUGAAGAAGGUAGUGCCUCUGUAUGACCUGCUUUUGGAGAUGCUCGAUGCACACAUAAUGCACAGCUCACGUCUGCCCCAGCCCACUGUGGCCAUCGUGCCCGAGGAGAACCCUGGUGCACCGGGACCCUACAGCUGCUCCGCUCAUCACUGGGCACAGUCGGUCAUAGAGGGGCCUGUGGAGCUCAACCAAAAUGCCAUGCAUCUCAAGGACAUCAGUCUGGACCUGAAGAAUCAAAGAACUGGACCAAAUCAGCUGUAUAAACCCUUAAAAUGUGUAGCUUUGUGAAAAUAAGGAUGUCACAGGUAAGCAUUCCUGGAAUUUGUAUUUAGUGGUUUUGCAAAACCCAGUGCAUUUAUUGUGUCUUUUCUGAGCUUUUUCUUUUUAUAUACAGUGCUCUCCACUAAUAUUGGCACCCCUGGUAAAUAUGAGCAAAGAAGG